AUGACGGACAUCGAACCCCGCUAUCGCGAGGCCAACCUCCCCUCCAUCUCCCGCAAGACGUUCCCCGUAGCGGGGAUCCAGACCACAGUCUUCGGCCUCGAUGAACUGCCUCCUCAGGCUUCGGAGAUUGCAUGUCUCUGGCUCCUGCAUCCGCGACUCGCGACACAGGAGCGCAUGGUCCCAAUUGCCUCCGCCGUCAUCACAGACUGGAAUAAGCGGAUUCAAGAAGGCUGGGCGGGCUCCAGCAAGUCGGUCAAGGGACUGAUUGCCGUGGCCUUCGAUCAGAGGAACCAUGGCACGAGGCUGGUAGACGCUCUCUGCAACGAGUCUUGGAAACAGGGCAAUCCGCGUCAUGCUCAAGAUAUGUUUUCCGUUUUCCAGGGCACUGCUCGAGAUACCUCCUUGUUGAUUGACUACCUCCCCGCCUUCAUCUUCCCCAAAUCAGACCGCCGAAUCGUCGAGAAUCUUGUCCUGGGUGUCUCACUCGGCGGCCAUGCAGCCUGGAGCUGUAUCCUCCACGAACCUCGCAUCUCCACCGGCGUCGUCAUAAUCGGCUGCCCUGACUACGCAAACGUCAUGGCUGAUCGCGCUCGUCUCUCCAAGCUUCCCUCGUGGAAAAGCACAACCCCUCCUGGUGCAAACUUCCUAGGCUCGGAAGACUUCCCCGUGGCCCUCGUGGACGCCGUGCACAAGUGGGAUCCAGCCGGUCUAUACCUCAGCCAUUUAGACCUCAGCCCAGAGGCACAACCUAUCCGCAGCGCACCACUUCCGGAACCCACAGAGAGUCAAAAGGCUGCUCUGCGGCCAUUGCUCACUAAGACCAUUGCGGGAAAGAAGAUCCUCAAUCUUUCUGGAGGAGUGGACAAAUUGGUACCAUAUCACAAGAGCGAGACGUUUCUAGCUUGGCUCAAGCAGGCAAUUGGGCCUGAGGGGUGGUUCGCCGAUGGCGCGGUUACGUUUGAGGAUAUCAUCGAUCAGAACGCGGGUCAUGAGGUUACGCCGAAGAUGGUUGAUGAGGCGGUUAGGUUUAUCGGGGAUGCGCUUGCGUCUGGGAAGGAUGAUGCGAAGAGGGCUUCUGUAAGGGAGUCCAAGAUAUAG